GUGAAAUGUUUUGGCACGUCGUCGUCAUGACGUAAACGAGGCGACGCAGCACCUGCGCGUCAGAGCGGAAGCUGGACAUUACCAGCCGGCUUUACUCAACUUAAUUAGCCGUGACACACUUUCGCCGAUUGGGCAUUCGUCUGACUUCCGCCCUGGUCGGCUCCCUGGAUUAAGUUGUCACAGCUUGCGAAGUACUUCCAUGACUGCGCUUCGGUUCGUCACUCUACGCAAAAUAUUCGGUCAUGACAGCGUUGGUCUUCCAGAAGGAGCUCGUCUAUAAUGGGCUGUUGCCGUACGCCGACCGACUGGAGCGGGAAGCCUCAGAGCUUUUGGAGAACAUCAAGACCAACCUGUCCAGAGCUGUCCUCCUCCGGGAACUUUGGCCUGGGGUCGCCUUCUGGUGCAAAAAACUCUUCUCGUUCUUAAAGCUCUACGGCCGGAGGUUCAGCAAGGACGAGCACAUUCUCUUCAUCAAGCUGCUCUAUGAGUUGGUCACGCUGCCCGGCCUGGAGCCCCACAUGAUGCAGAGUUUCGCCCGACUGCUUAUUCAGCUCCUCAAGAAAAAGGAACUGCUUUCGAGGGACGACCUCCAGUUGCCAUGGCGACCGCUCCACCAGCUCUACGAGAAGGUGGUCCACUCCAAGACGGAGCAUCUCGGACUUGUCUGGUUCCCCAAUUCAUUGGAACACAUUCUGAAGGCUUUGGUCAAAAGUUGCAGACCAUACUUCCCAGCAUCCUCCACCAAGGAGAUGCUGGACGAGUGGCGCCCCCUGCUGUGCGUGUUUGACGCAGUCAUGCAGAAGGCCAUCGGCAUCAUGGAGCUCUUCUUGCCCACCAUCAUGCCCCCUGAGGAGCACGCCCAAGGCUUCCGGUUGUGGUUCAGUGAAUUGAUGGACCUUUGGUUGUCGGUGCAGAAUCAGCCCAGCUGGGAAGGGCAUUUGGUAAACCUGUUUGCUCGCCUCGGCAACGACAACAUCGGCUACGUGGACUGGACCCCUUACAUCCCCACGAUCUUCACCAGGAUCCUGCGCAGCCUGAACCUCCCCGUGGGCGUCAGCCACAUGGCGGCGCUGCGCUACCUCACCAACUCCUACGACAUCGGACACGUGGUGCUGUGGAUCACGGCCUUGCUGGGUGGCCCAGGAAACCCGGCGCAGAAAGAGCUGACCCGCCUCUUUAACAGCAUCGCCUCCUUCUAUCAUCCGUCCAAUCACGGUCGCUGGCAGUCUCGCCUCAUGCGCCUGCUCCAGCGUCUGCCGGCGAGCGUGGUGCGCCGGGUGCACCGUGAGCGCCACGCCACCCCUGGAUGGAUCGCGCCAGUGCCCGAAAGUCAGCAGCUGAGCGAUGAGGACCUGCAGGAGUUCACGCGCAGCCUCACGGGUGCUGCUCUGCUGGCCAUGUUCAGCAAAACGGGCAGCACGGACGCCGCCUUCGCCCUGCAGAACCUGGCACUCCUCACGCCACAACUGGUCAUUCCGCCCGUGCUGGAGAAAACGUACGCGGCGAUGGAGACCUUGACGGAGCCGCACACUCUGACCGCCACGCUCAGCUGCAUGAUCGGCAUGGCGCGGAGCCUGGUGGCACCCGACGAGCGCUACCCGGAAGGCCGCCUGCACGUGCUGCCGCUGCUCAUGGGCUCGCUGCCGGGCGUGGACCCCAACGAUUUCAGCAAGUGCAUGAUAACCUUCCAGUUCAUCACCACCUUCACCACGCUGGUGCCUUUGGUCGACUGUUCGUCAGCUCCGUCUCGACACAGCAAUCUGUCAGAGAUGGAAAAAGACUUGUGUUUUGCUUCUGCUGAGUUUGAAGAUUUUGUCCUGCAACUUCUGGACAGGUGCUUUGCUGUGAUCGACAGCAGCACGCUGGAGCAGACGCGCGCCGAGACCGAGACGGACACGCGCACGCACCUGGAGAGCCUGGUGGAGCUGGGCCUGUCCACCACCGUCAGCACCGUCCUCACGCAGUGCUCCACGGACAUCUACACGGUGGCGCUGCAGAAAGUCUACAACUUCGCCACGUCCAACAUCUUUGAAACGUGCGUGGCGGGCAGGAUGGUGGCUGAUGUGUGCAGAGCAGCGGCAAAGUGUCAUCCUGCCGAGUCUCUCAAACUCUUUGUCCCGCAUUGUUGCAGCCUCAUUUUCCAAAUUACUGAAAAUGAGGAUCUGCGGAGUGAAGAGGAGCUGGACAAAGAGCUGCUGUGGAAUCUCCAGCUGCUGUCCGAGGUGACCCGCGUGGACGGCGAGCAGCUUUUGAGGUUUGCCGGCGAGCUGGAGCGCGUUCUGACCACUUGCGUGCGCCUGUGUUGCAAACGGGCCUACGCGCUGGCGGCGGGCCUGCUGGAGCACACGCUGCGCUCGUUCUCACUCAUCUACCCCACCGAGUACCGCAGCACGCCGGGGGGUUUCCGUGAUGACCUCCCCGUACGAGACUGGGGUCGGCCCGGCGACGUCGCCGCUUUGGGUGUGCGCUGGCACGUCCCCAGCAUGGACGAGCAGAACUUUGUUUUCCAGCUCUUGUCCCGCCUGCUGAGGCCCGAGCUGGAGCGUAUCCAACGCCACGUCUCGGGAGACUGUCCAAUGAGCAGGGAGGAGCUGUUGCAGAGUCUCGCCAUCGUGCAGCACUGCCUGCUCGGGGCGGGCAGCUUGCUGCCCCCCCUGGAUGGACCUCACGUCCCUGACCUAGUGCCCUCCAUGGUGAACCUGGGGGAGUUCAAACUGCACAUUGGCGUGGACUACGACGAUUCACGCGAGGACCACAGAGAGUCGAUCUGCCGCACCGUCAGGCUGCUGCUACAUCACAUCCUGGAGCACACGGAGGACGACACCAAGUCGCUCUUUGUCAUCAUCAAGAUCAUCAGCGACCUCCUGUUUUUCCGAGGCACACACAAGGAGGAAUUCGACUCGCGUUGGAAGAGCUUCACGCUGGUCAAGAAGUCGAUGGAAAACCGGCUUUACGGGAAGAAGCAGCACAUUCGAGCACUGCUCAUCGACCGGGUCUUGCUCCAGCACGAGAUGAGAAAGUUGGUGGUGGAUGGCAGCGAAUACAAACAAGUCCACCAAGAGCUACUGUGCGAUCUCCUGCUGCUGUCAACUAGCACUUACAGCCAGGUACGUAGCAAAGCCCAAACCGUGCUGACCACCGCACUGGCGACCUACAGCUUCUCAUACCGAGACCUGAUUCCUCAAAUCGUGCAACUGUUGUCACCGCAACACACGGCCGGCACACGGCAGCAAUUCAAGGGGGCGCUGUACUGCCUGCAGGCGGCGCACAGCGGCGUUUGCUUGGCGAGCGUCCGCGACUGGGACUGCGUGGGCGCCGUGUGGCCGGCGCUGGUCCGCUGCGGACUGUCGCCCGCCCCGACUCUGGACGAGCACUCGGUGGGCCAACUCCUGGACGACAUCGUGGACCGCAUCCACCGGCAGCACGACACCAUCGGCAUUUUUUUCACCGUGUCGGAGGGCUGCGUGGAGAUAGCCGAGCGCGUGGCGCCCUCGGAGACGCUCUCUGUUGACGAGCUGAAGGAGGGGCUUCAGCGCCAGCAAAUCAAAAAUGUUGUUAAUGCUCGGAAAUACGAGAAGCUGGUAAAUGACCUAUUGGACUGCCUUGAAGACAGAGAGCUGCCCUGGAAGUUUGAGCACACGGCCGCAGACUUGCUGUCGCUCCUGUUGAGGGACGACCACCCGCUGCCGCCGGACGCCGUCCUCUACUUCACGCAGGGCCUCAUACACGACUCCAUCAGCAUACGCAAGGUGGCAAUAUUAGCAAUGGCCGGUGUCCUGAAGCAGCUCAAAAGACCGAGAAAGAAAGUCGCGGUCAAGCCGUCUGACGUUUGCGGCGCGGUGGACCCGGAGGGCACGUGGGCCGGAGACCGGAAGGCCAACGGCUGGCUGCAGUACCGCAGCGCUGACCUGCCUCUCAGCGAGGAGGCGUGGGACUCCCAGCUGCAUGUGGAAAAAGCGCACGUGGGCUACUACUCGUGGCCAAGCGAAAUGAUGAUCUACGCUCCUUUGCAAAAACUCAAAGAUGACCUGCCCUAUGAAGAGAUGAGCGAGGCCGAAAAGAUCAUCUUUGAAUAUUUCUCCGACCUGGAGUUCAUCGAGCGGUUCAUAGAGUUCCUGUCCCUGGAGGAGCGCAAAGGCAAAGACAGCUUCAACCCGCGGCGCUUCUAUCUCUUCAAGGGCCUGUUUCGCAACUACGGCGACGUCUUCCUGCCUCUUCUCUGGCCGCACUUGGAGCAGUUAGCGGGCGACCCGCACGAGAGCUCGCAGCGUUGCGUCUGCGAGAUCACCGCCGGGAUCAUCAGAGGCAGCAAGAUGUGGAGUUUCAGCAAGGUGGACAAGUUGUGGCGCCUUUUGUGUCCGCUGAUCAAGACGGCGUUGAGCAACAUCACGGUGGAAACCUACACCGACUGGGGCACCUGCAUCGCCACCGCAUGCGAGGGUCGUGACCCCAGGAAGCUCCACUGGCUGUUGGAGCUGCUGAUGGAGACGCCGCUCAUCGGCGAGGGGAGCUCUUUCCGAGACGCCAGUUUACUGUACGUGCUUCAAGGCGGCCUGGCCCAGCAGCAGUGGCGAGUGGCCGAACUCCUGCAUAGGCUCCUCACUUACCUGGAACCCAAACUCACGCAAGUGUACAAGAACGUACGCGAGCGCAUCGGCAGUGUCCUGACCUACAUCUUCAUGAUGGACGUGGCUCUGCCCCACACGCAGCCCACCUCCUCCCCUCACGUGGCCGACUUUGUCGCCCGGGUGCUGGAGCGGCUCAAGCCCCUCACGUCCGAGGCGGAGAUCCGCAACCACGUGCCCGAGGAGAACGCCCCCGAGACCGCCGACGAGUGCACCCAGGCUGUCAAGCUGCUCAAGACUGUCUUAAAAUGGCUGCUGGCGAGCGCUGGCCGGACUUUCACCACGCCUGUUCAGCAGCACCUUCAACUGCUGCCUCUGCUCUUCAAGAUCGCCCCGGUGGAGAUUGAUGAGAGUUAUGAUGAGAUGAAACAGGACGCUCGCACAUGCCUCUCGCUGAUGUCGCAGGGCCUGCUCUAUCCGCAACACAUCCCUCUCGUCUUGGCAGCCCUGGAAGAGAUGGCCGGCAGCAGGUCGUGGCACGCGCGCUACUCUGUGCUGACCUACCUCCAGAUUAGCGUCUUCUCCAACUUAUUCACCCUGCUCAGCGUGCCGGCGGAGGUGCAGCGCGUCCGUAAAAUGGUGAUGCGUCUGCUGCUGGACGAGCAGCUCGAGGUGAGGGAUAUGGCGGGAACCACCCUGAGCGGUUUGCUGCAGUGCCACUUCUUCCCUCUGGACCACAAUCUGCAGACUCAAUUGCAGACGCUGAGUCACACGCGCCUACCCAAGGCCAGAGGAGAGCUGGCUUCCACGGAUUUGGUACGUCGCCACGCGGGCGUGCUGGGCCUGAGCGCGUGCAUCCUGUCUAGUCCUUACGACGUCCCAAAAUGGAUGCCCAACAUUCUGAUGGACCUGAGCGACCACCUGAACGACCCGCAGCCCAUCGAGUUGACGGUGAAGAAGACCUUAUCGGAGUUCCGUCGCACGCACCACGACAACUGGCAGGAGCAUCGGCAGCGUUUCACCGACGACCAACUGCUGGUGCUCACUGACUUGCUGGUGUCGCCAUGCUACUACGCUUGAAAAAAAACAUUUUGUCUGUUUGCUUGCUCGGGCAACAUUAAACAAAGCCGGGAGAAUCGCUGCCAAGAGGCCACCCAGUGAGUCAGCCUUCACCUUACCUAGACGAGGACAAAACACUCCCUGAGAAAACCGAUGUCCUCUUUAGGUCAGUCUUGUGGACAGUCUUCUGGCUCAAGCGCUCGUCUCGCAGCAGAAAAGUCAACGUUCCAAAGCCCGC